GGGAGUAAGCAGGUCGGAGAGGUAUUUAUUCCUUGUGUUUGGCGGACUUCUAGUCAUGUGUGUUUCCAUGGGACCCUACGCUGCUCUGGUACUCAUUCCUGCUCUUUCUUCUGUGAUGAUGCUACACUCUCUCAGAGCCAUGACUGUUCACAAAUUGAUCUUCUUCACUCAGAUGAGUUGGCUGUCCCUAUGUCAUCUUUGGCUUCACUAUAAAGACUAUUAUCUCCAGGAACCAACAGAUACAAAGUUCCUGAUAGCUCUGUCAUCACUUAUGCUGCUCAUUCAGAGAGUAACGUCCGUGUCCUUGGAUGUUCACGAAGGCAAAGUCACAAUUGCAAAAAUGCAGCGGCAUCACAGUUCCUCAGAAUUUCUCCGUUGCUUAUUACCACACAUCAGCUACGUACUAUAUUUCCCUGCCCUACUUGGAGGACCUCUAUGUUCCUUCCAAAUGUUUCAAAUCCAUAUGGAAAAUCUUAAAAAGUCUCAGCAAAAAAGAAAUGCAAAUUCCAUCUGGCCUUUUUUAAAGAAGUGCUUAUUAGUUUUCAUAAUGGACAGAUUAAGAAUGUUUCUGACAAAUUGUAUUCGUGUCAUAGAGGGCAUCGAUCAAGGGUCUUGUAUUGUGGUUUCUAAGGAUAUUUUAUUGAUAUCGAUGACAGCUUUGAUGUUCAGGUUAGCAUAUUACUCUCAAUGGCUCCUCAGCGAAUCUCUCAAUAACUUAGUUGGCCUGGGAUUUGAGGGACAGGCCAAGAAGGAGAGAUGUGUCUGCAGUGCUCUCUCAGAUGCUGACAUAUGGACCCUGGAGACAACUAAUAAGAUAUCAGAGUUCACUCGAACGUGGAACAAAACCACAGCCGACUGGCUUAGAAGGAUGGUGUUUCAGCGAAGCAAAGUUCAUCCUCUUUUAGCAACAUUUGCCUUCUCAGCAUGGUGGCAUGGCCUUCACCCUGGUCAAGUCUUCGGGUUUGUUUUGUGGGCUUGCAGUGUAAAAGCCGACUAUUAUGUUCACCAUUAUAUUAUGCCACUCACCAAGAAAUCAAGGCUGCUGCUGAUUGUCUAUAAAGUAUUCACAUGGAUACAAACACGACUGAUAACUGCAUACAUUUUGAUAGCUGUGGAGCUCCGAACUUUGGCUUACGUGCUAAUGAUGUGCAGGUCUGCCUGUAUUCUCAGCCCGGUAAUGUACAUGCUGGUGCUGGUGGCAAUGUGCAUUGUGUCGCAACAUCAUUAAAGGCAAUGAAUGGAACUUUUCCUCAUUUUAAACUUGUGGGGAAGGUUUCCUCAGAAUGUGAAGAUCCCAAGUUAUUAGCUUGUUCACACUAUAUUUUUUUCAGCCAAACAAUCAAGGCAGUGUCAAUUCCUGCUUUGGAAUGUUUUGCAUUUGAGCUUAAUUCUGUGUAAUAUACAGUUACAGGAGGAUAUCUUCUGCGAAUUUGUAGAAAUGUGAAUAUUCGUGUGCAGUUCCUUUAAUCAAAUCUUUGUUGUGUCCAGACAGACACAUGUUGACACAUGAGGUGCAAAAAUACAAUGCUGAGAGGAAAAGUGUCUGUUAACAACUGGUACUUAUAUAGCAGUAUCUGAAAAUUCAGCACCAUACUCCAACAAAGUAAUACAACCACCAAAAGCAUCUGCAAAAUUCAGAGAACACUGAAAGCUUACUCUUGCUCACCGAAUCCAAAUGCCUCAUCAAUUUAAGAGCUGAAAAAUGCGUGUUUUCAUAUAGUGGAGCUUUUAAGUUAUAACCAUCUCUUUUAUUCCUUGUUAAGGACACGCAUUUCUCUUGUACAUCAAGGACAAAACAUUUUGGAAAAAAAUGUUUAAUUGCUGAUUAUUUGAAAGAGUACAAAUGCUUUGAAAAUAGAGCCUGGGGACUUCAGCAUGAAUUAAUUUUGUUGUAUUCUAUAUUUACAGAAGAAUAAAUAGUGGCAUUUAGCAAUUCAGAAUCAAGGGGGAGUUUUCAGACAUUCAAUCUUCUGAAGUUGUCCAGCGUCUUUGGGUGUCUUCCUGACGUGAAAGGCACUAUUGUCAAUGCAAUUUAUUGUUUUUGUUGCUGUAUACAUCACACAAAUUGAAUCUACUGAUUUACAUCAAUUUGUGUGAUGUAAACUGCUGUCAGUGUCUAAGCAAGAUUUACAACUCUUCAGUGCCUGGACUGAAUCAUUUUUCAAUAAAUUUGUUGCUAC